UUAAUUGGCCUUUGCCCCAUAGGGGACUUGGAAGAGUGUUGUUGAGUUUGCGGGUGCUGGUUUCAUGCAGUCAGCUGGUAGCACAUGAUCGCAGGACACUGAAGUGCUCAGUCCUCUGAUAGGAGCUGCUUGUGAAAUCUACAGAUGCUUUGCACCUUUAUCGCUUAAGAUCAAAAUAGCUGGUGGUGGGGAAAAAAAACAGACAUAUUUUUUUCAUUUCUCUGGAGGAUGUGAUUGUGUUUCCCCAUUAGGACCAAAGCCCACCGCUGCUGUUUUGUAAUUAAAAAUGGAAAACCUCACGCCGGAACAAUGGCGGGAGAUAAUGAGCAAGAAGAUGCAGUUCCCUCCGCAGCUCAUCGGAGCCAUUCAGGAAGGCAAAAUAGAGCUAAUGAGUGGACUGCUGCAGACCGGUGAUGGCAUCAUCCGUCAGCUGGAUGAAUCUGAGGACCGGCAGUGGAGGGAGGCCCUGAACCUGUCCAUCCGCCUGGGCAACGAGGACGCCAUUGACGCCCUCAUGCAGGGGGUCAAGUUUGACUUCCGACAAAUUCACGAGGCUCUGCUGGUUGCCGUGGACACCAACCAACCCAGAGUGGUGAAGCGUCUGCUGGACCGCCUCGACCAAGAGAAGGGCAACAAGAUGGACGUGCACUCCUUUUCUCAGGCCAUCUUUGACCACUCUAUUGACAACUCCCAGUUUGCCCCUGGUGUGACGCCGCUGACCUUAGCCUGCCAGAAGGACCUGUAUGAAAUAGUGGCCAUGCUCUCCCAGAAAGGUCACAAUAUCCCAUGGCCACAUAAGAUAUCCUGCACCUGCCUGGAGUGUCGAAAUGGGCGGCAGUACGACUUGCUGAAGUUCUCCUUGUCUCGUAUCAACACCUACCGUGGCAUCGCCAGUCGAGCCUACUUGUCCGUCACCUCCGAGGACGCCAUGCUCAGUGCUUUCAGUCUCAGCAGAGAGCUCCGCAAGCUCUCGCAGAAAGAGCCAGAGUUCAAGCCGCAGUACCUGGGCCUGGAGGAGCUCUGCCAGGAGUUUGCCGUGGAGUUGCUGGGCAUGUGUCGCAACCAGAGCGAGGUGACCACAAUCCUCAACAGCUGUGGAAACGACAGCCAGGACGACAUGGACGAGCAGGCCUUCGAGGAGGGAAUUCCCAACCUUUCGCGGCUGCGACUCGCCGUCAACUACAACCAGAAGCAGUUUGUGGCGCAUCCGAUCUGCCAGCAGGUACUUUCAUCCAUCUGGUGUGGACACCUGUCAGGCUGGAGAGGCAGCAGGACCAUCUGGAAGCUGUUUGUCUCUGUAGGCAUCUUUAUCACCAUGCCCCUCCUCUGCCUUAUCUACUGGAUUGCACCAAAGUCAAAGUUAGGAAAGAUCCUGAGGAUUCCUGUGAUCAAGUUUCUUCUCCACUCUGCCUCUUAUCUGUGGUUUCUCAUCACAUUACUCGGAGAAUCCAUCACGAUGGAGUUGUAUCGAGACAAAUUCGCCUCCCGACAGCAGAACAUCCUUCACAGCUCCUUCCACAUGGUGUGGGUGGUUGGAUUCUUCUGGUACGAGUGUAAGGAAGUGUGGAUCGAGGGGCUGCGGAGCUACUUCCUGGACUGGUGGAACUGCUUGGACAUGAUGGUGCUCAGCAUGUACCUGGCGUCGUUUGCGCUGCGCGUGCUUAUCGUGCUGAAGGGUUACAUCCUCUGCCAUGAUCACACUGGCAAUGCCGAGUGUGUUUAUUUCACGCAGACCGUGCGUAAUGACUGGCACCAGGAGGAUCCUCAGCUGAUUGCAGAGGUGCUGUUUGCAGUGACCAGCAUGCUGAGCUUCACACGGCUGGCGUAUAUCCUUCCAGCCCACGAGUCGCUAGGAACCCUGCAGAUCUCAAUUGGGAAGAUGAUCGAUGACAUGAUGAGAUUCAUGUUUAUAUUGAUGAUCAUCGGAACAGCCUUCCUCUGUGGCAUCAACAACGUCUAUGUACCCUACGUCAUCUCUCCACAUCUGGGCAGGUUUAAUGAGACGUUCCACUUCCUGUUCUGGACCAUGUUUGGCGUGGCCAACCAGGACUACGUGGACAUGCCACAGUUUGUGUUAGCAGAGUUUGUGGGACGCAUCCUGUACGGCAUCUUCACGCUCGUCAUCGUCAUCGUGCUGCUCAACAUGCUCAUUGCUAUGAUCACCAACUCCUUCCAGAAAAUCGAGGAUGACGCAGAUGUUGAGUGGAAAUUUGCUCGGUCAAAGCUGUACCUCAGUUACUUCAGAGAGGGCCUCACCAUGCCUGUGCCCUUCAACAUCAUCCCCUCGCCCAAAGCUUUCUUUUACGUCAUGAGGGGAAUCUUCAGGCGAAUCUGCUGCUGCUGCGCAUGCAAUUCUGAGGAGAAAUAUCCACCUUUAGCCUCGAUGCAUGAUAAAGGAGGUGAGGACGCCCAGUUACCUUAUCGGCAGCAGGUGAUCCGGGCUCUGGUGCAGCGCUACAUUGAGUCAGCUCGCAGGGAGUUUGAGGAGACCAAGAGGAAAGACAUUGGAAAUCGCAUCACUGAGCUGAGCAAAGCCGUCAGCAGGAUGCACAGCGAUAUGAAAGUGAUCCAGCAGUUUCUGGUGGACGACGAACACAUGGGCAAUGAUGCGUUGACAAAGGAUGGCUCCUCCAUACUGGGGAAAUACAUCAUUGGUGCCAAGAACAACUUCAGAGGCUUUAACAGCAGUCAUGAGGACAAAAACGCAUCACGUCACGUGACAGUGCACCAGGAAGAGGAAGAGGUGGAUAAAGGUGAAGCUGACUCGGAUACAAAACAGGAGGCAGGUGCACAGGAGAAUCCGGCAAGUACACAGGAGAAUCCGGCAAGUACACAGCAGAAUCCGGCAAGUACACAGGAGAAUCCGGCAAGUACACAGCAGAAUCCGGCAAGUACACAGCAGAAUCCGGCGGGCGCAUGUGAAGCAGAGGAGACAAAGAAGUUAACAGACUGUGAUGUGGUGAAUAUGGAGGAAGGUAGAGCUAAAGCAGAGACAGGAGAAGAGAAACAGACUGAGAAAAAAGCGGAAUUGAAGGUGGAAGCAGAAAAAAACGAAAAUGAAGGAGAUAAAGUUAAAGAGGAGGGAGCAGCAGGAGCAAGUGUGAGUAAUGAAAAGGUGACAGGUGAGGCUUCACAGGAUGAGAAGGGGAAAGUUGGCAAAGUACAGAAACAGUCAGGAACCACAGCGGGUGAAAAGCAGGUGGAGAAAACUACGGAGCGAGCUGACGACGUCCAGCUCAACAACGAAAAGACAAACGCCAAGCGGUUCGAGAACAAGUUCAAAGACAUAGAGCUGCAGGAAAAGAAAGCCGAGCCCAAGUGGAUGAAGGGAAGAAAGCAUGAGCGUGACGUAGCAAACACGCGUGGCGACGCAGAGAUUAACCAGAAAUCCGGCAACAAGAUGAUUCCCUCGCCAACAGGCAGCAGCAGCUCCCAGGACACGGGAUUUGGUUCCCAAGAGGGGGAGGGAUCGAUUGAUGGCACACGAGUGAGACCAUGACCUCUGCCACAUCCAUUUGAAAAGGUCAAGCUUAGGCUCUUUAGGUCACCGUGUCCAAUAUUGUUUUGGUCAUAGACGUCUUCAAUCUGUUAGUGAUGGAGCUAAAGAUUCAAAGCUACAUAUGUCAACAGCUAUAGACCAAAUUGUAGACUAUUCUAGAUUGGUCAACAUUUGAAGUCCUUGCCAAUGUACCUUGAAAAAUACAUGACUGCAAAUAAAAUGCCAUUUACUGCCUUCA